GGUUCGGGAGAGGUCAUUCAGGCAGUCUAGGGGUCCGAAAGCGUCGAGGGCUUGGAAGCCUGGGAAUAGGAUGAUGCCGAUGCGGAGGGGGGUGGAGGACGGUUGGUCUGUGGGAGUGAGCGGGGAUUAUGGUUGAGCAGUGUGAGAUACAUACCGGCCAUACUGUUUGUAAGAUGAUUAUAGUGAAUAUUGUCGAGGGUUGGUUGAUGUGCUCAUCCACUUGUAGUAGUGUGCAAGGUAUCUCAGGGAUAUUACUAAUGGUAGAGGGUGAACAACGAGGGCGAGAAUUUAUAGAAGCUGCAGGGUCAGUUGUAGCCAUGACUGGUUUUGCAAAGUCUAUUCUUUCGGACCAAAGGUCACUGGACAUAAGCGCUGGCCAGACGCUGUGAGUCAUAUCACGCUGCCCAGAUGCUCGUAAGCACUAACUUGCGGUGGGAUUCUCCCCGACAGUCGCGCGCAAUACUGGCCGAGCCUCCGACACGGUACGGCCUUGACGACUCCGACAAGCCGGCGAUCAAGAGCGAGACACAGGUCGCUGUCAGCCUCCUUGGCACCGCGAUAGACGAUAUCGGCCAUGUUGGCAAUCAGCUGCCAUCCUUCCGCCUCAAGGACGCAGUGGGCGUGGAGCAGAAUAGCGCGGAUCUCCUCGGUCAGGAUGCGUUAUUGAUCACGUUCUUUCGCGGGGAAUGGUGCCCUUUCUGCAAUAUUGCCGUCGCAGGGUUACAAAAAUAUCACACAGUGCUCAAAUCAAAAGGUGGCAAUCUUGUGGCAAUCACUCCCGAGCUUCCGAACAACACCUGGACCAUGACGCAGAAACACGAGCUCGAGUUCCCUGUUUUGACGGAUCAUGACAAUGAGUUUGCUCGCCAGCUCGGGAUUGAACGAAAUGGAGAUGAUUCGGUCGAAGUCCCGAUCCCUGCGACAUUGCUGGUGGACAAGGAUGGGAUUGUCAGGAACCUGUUCCUUGAACCUGACUAUUACAAACGUGUGGGUUCAAUGGUGGUGCUGGGAUGGGUUGAAGCUCUGUAGGGGCGUUUUCCUUUGCACGGUUGUACUCGAAUAAAACAACAUAGAGCUGGAUUGUCGUCUCUACAACGAAUAGUUUCCGAGACACUAAGAAAC